UUGUGUUACUGUGUUUGUGUUGGCUUAUGUGACACCAUGGCUAUCUACAGCAUCGUCACUUUGGCUUCAUAACAACUGUGUUUCUGUGUGUGGAGGCUGGAAUAGUUGCAGAAUCAGCAGACGUCCAGGUCUCUCUCUCUUGUUCCCUGUCUCUGUCUCUCUCUCUCUCUUUGUGAAUUGUCCCUCUGAGACCCGUAUGUAGCUGGUAUCUUGUUGUGCUGCAGUUCAGUUCCAGGAAGUGGAGACAAACACAUUUCUCUCUGCAGCCUAUCGAUGUAAGCCAGUGGUCUGUGCGCUCGUCUUUCACACCUCUGUUCUUCCUUCCUGUCCUGUUAUUUUUCUGCAUCUAACACUCUGUUCUGUUCUCUAGUAUCCGCCCUGUGUUUAUGGCAUUGGUGGUGAAACACACGACUGGUCUUAGUCUGUUUCACUCUCUCUGUGUGUCUCCCUUUCUGCCUGUCUCUCUCUCUCCUCUCUCCUCUCUCCUCUCUCCCUCUCUCCUCUCUCCCUGUCUCACUCUCUACCUCUCUCCUCUAAUCUAUCUCCUUGUCUCACUCUCUCCCUCUCUCCUCUCUCCUCUUUCCCUGUCUCACUCUCUCCCUCUCUCCUCUCUCCUCUUUCCCUGUCUCACUCUCUCCCUCUCUCCUCUCUCCUCUCUCCCUGUCUCCCUAUCUGCCUGUCUCCCUCUUUACCUGUGUGUCCCAGCCUGUUGCUAUUCACAUAGCAUGUACGUGUAAUAUCUAACAGAAUAGAUGAACUUUAGACCCAUACUGGUGCUUUAGUGAUUCUGGUUGUCAUAACUCCGCGUCACAUGCAAAUAAAUGUUCUUGCGUGUGUGUGAGAGAGAUUAGACAGCCAUCAUGUAAAUGUGUGCUGUCGUGUCAGAGCUGAAGAAGGGUUAUCACUGUCCUCCUCAAGCUUUCUCAUGUUCCUGAGGAACAGCCUGUUGCUGAACUUCCUGGAAGGCUGUUGGGCAAAACUUCUGUGUGUAAGGUUGCUAUGACAACGCCAGGGGACGUCGAUGGUGAUGACGGGGUGGGGAGGAAGAAGGUGGGAGCGGCAGUGUUGGACCCGGGGGCGUGGUCCAAGGUCAGCUGUCCCUGCUGCCUGUCGGACAGGGUGGAGCCUCUGGUUCUGAUCCAACUGAGAGAGGAGGUCCAUCCAGACACCAAGCGAUGGUUCAUCUCCCGGAUAGAGGCCUCCAAUAAGGAUGGAGGAGCUCAGCUGCUGGCCCACCCAGGGGAGGACGAGGACGGGGAGGUGAUCGUGCUGUCAGCCCCUCGCUGCAGUCUCCUCAGGGCCACGGAGGAGCUGGGGUUUUGUAAGCCCUACAGUGACGGGGAGAUGACUGCCUUCUCCUACCACGACAGGCAGAGCUUCAAAAAUGUAGAUGACAUGCAGGCGUUCCUCACGCUGGCGGAGCGUCAGUACAUCAUCAAGUAUGAGCUGGACUCUCUGAGGGCCCCGGAAGGACCUGAUCAUCCCUGGGCUGCCUGACGACCGGGGCCAGCUGAGGUCCCCGCCAGAACAUCUGUGAGUCAGAAGCUGCAGAAGGCAGGAGUGAUCCUGGACAUCGUGCCCAUCCACCACCAGCAGACCUUAGACCAGCUGGGAAAAUCCUGGUACUCUGGUACACAGGUGUGGGGUCAGCCCCUAGACGCCAUCCAGGCGUAUUUCGGCGGCAGCGUGGGUUUCUACUUCAGCUUCCUGGACUUCUACACCUGGGCUCUGGUUCCCCCCGCUCUCGUGGGCGUGGCCGUGAUGCUGUUCCUUCCUGGGGGCGGGGGCGACGGACUCGGCCAAGUCCCCUCAGCGGCGGCGGCGGGAGGAGGCGAGGCGGGGCUGGCUAUGAGUGGCUACAUGGUGCAGGCCGUCUUCAGCAUGGUGUGGUCCACCAUCUUCAUGGAGCUGUGGAAGAGACGGAGCUCCCCCUCUCCCCACUGCUGGGGCGUGUUGAGCCUGGCGGAGCGCUUCGCCGAGCCCACGCCCCCGGGCUUCCAGGGAACCCUGGGGGUGAACCCGGUGACGAAGCGGGUGGAGCCCCUCUUUCCGGAGUGGCGUCGGCAGAUGCGGGUGGGGCUGGUGUCCCUUCCCGUGGUGGUGCUGUUCCUGGGGCUGGUGCUGAUGGGCAUGGCGGGGUUCUACGGGGGGAGACGCUGGCGAAGCAGCUGCACCAGGACUGGGGGGUCCCUGCUGUCUGGAGCCCUGCUGUACCUGCCCUCCAUGCUGCACAUCGUCACACCAACAUGCUCCAGCACGCUUUACGGCCGAGUGGCCCUCAAACUGACGGAAUGGGAGAACCACAGGGAGGAGUCAUCCUUCCAGAAUCACCACACCUCCAAAGUUCUGAUGUUCAGUUUCUUUAACUACUUUGCCGUGCUGUUC